CAACUGAUUUGUCAUGCACCAGAGAAUAGGCGUAUCAGUUCAGCACAUGCAAGCAAUAAAACAUUGGUUUUCUUAAUUUAUUGUAGGAUGGUCUUAUGGAAACAGAAUGUGAUACUGAAAAAAGCCCUGAACACUCAAGUGGUAAUGACAACUCUCCAUCAAUUGAUGCGCAGCAAGCACCUGUCCAGAUAAAUAAUGGAGCCACUGAAGACCACACAUCUUUAUCAAAUGAGCAGAGAAUUGCAAAGGAGGGUCAUGCAGAUAAGGGUGAUGCAGGCACUAACUUGCGAUCUGAUACUAUACAGACCAACAUGAGAUCUCGAAGAGUUAAAGCCCCCAGUUUGAACCGAUCGGAAUCGUGUGAAAUGGAAGUCUACCUUAUUUCACUGAGAAACAAAGGGAGAGUGGCGGCGAAAGGAACAUUAAAGACUACUGAUAGCAAACGAGUUAUUGGUGGAAGCAUGCUUGGAACGGAAUUUGUUGGUGUUUAUGUUGAUAGAAUUGAAAAUAAGGGAGAUGAGGAGUUACCUCGACCACUCUAUAGUAUUUGUACUCUAAUGGAUGCUGUUGGCUUUAUUAUUCCUUGGCCCAAAUCACAUGUGAAAAAAGUUAUGAGUUCAAAUCAUACCUGAACCAGCUUGGAAAGAAGUUCAAGCCAUGAGUGGAAAGGAGAAAGAAAGGGCAACGAAAGAUAGAUAUAUUUUAGUUGUUACAGAAAAUUCUAGAAAUAUUUGUAUGAUACUGCUACUUUCUAUGUUUCUUUGGGAACAAAUUUGUCUUGUUCAGUGUACUUCAAUUAAUGGAUGAGUUGGUUCCAGAAUUACUCA